AUGAGCCAGACACAGUCACUUGCCAUACAUGCAACCCGACCACAGGCAAUCGCAACACCCAUCAUUCUUGUUGGUGCUGGACUGAUAGGAGCUGGUAUUGCCGCUCAAUUCUUACGUUCAGGAUCAUCAAGUGGUCCCGGAUCAGGCAAAUGGAUUAAGGGCGGCUUCAGUAGCAAAAUUAACCGUUCCGAAGCUGCUCAGAUAUUGGGACUGAGAGAAACUGCUUUAACAAAGGCAAAAGUAAAAGAGGCUCAUCGAAGAAUGAUGAUCGCGAAUCACCCAGAUCGUGGCGGUUCUCCAUAUCUGGCAAGCAAGAUUAACGAGGCGAAGGUAUGUGUGUUGCUUUGGCUCUAA